UCUCUCUCCCUCUCUCUCCUCUCUCUCAAACACGCAGAUUCAUGCACAGAGAGGCUGUAGUAGGCUAGGAAGACAACACUCGUGCGCACUUCUGAAAGGGGGAACACUCGUUCCGCCCCUCAAUAACGCUUUCCUUGUCUUAUAGACACUUAGAUUUUUUAACUGAAGAAAAAAACAACAACGCUGCCGCAGUAUCAUGACGAACCGGGGCAUCCCCGAGCCCUGUGGAUUUUGAGGCCGACCGAAGCCCCAUCUCGCACGGUCAAGAAGACCUUGCCUCUCCAUCCCGGUGGUCGGGGGAGGCGGAAAGUCAAGGAGCCCAGGAGAAACACAUAGCUACGCCAGAGACACCGGACCGCGACCGAGACAGAACGACGGAAAAUGGCUUCGUCAAGUAGCACGUCUCCGGAAGGAGGGACACCGCCGCACAAGAACCGCAUUCGGCAGUCUGACAGUAACACUAGUUUCCUGCGUGCUGCGAGGGCGGGGAACCUGGACAAGGUUCUGGAGUUCCUGAAAGACGGAGUUGACAUCAGUACCUGUAACCAGAAUGGUCUGAAUGCGCUGCACCUGGCAGCUAAGGAGGGCCAUGAGGACCUGGUGGAAGAACUACUGGAGAGAGGCUCUGCGGUCGACUCUGCCACUAAGAAAGGGAACACAGCCCUCCACAUUGCCUCAUUGGCCGGACAGAAGGAAGUGGCUCGACUGCUGCUGAAGAGAGGGGCCGACAUCAACGCCCAAUCACAGAAUGGCUUCACUCCUCUCUACAUGGCAGCCCAGGAGAACCACCUGGAGGUGGUCAGAUACCUGCUGGAGAAUGGAGGCAACCAGAGCGCUGCUACUGAGGAUGGGUUCACCCCCCUGGCCAUAGCCUUGCAGCAGUGUCAUAACCAGGUGGUUUCUCUCCUCCUGGAACAUGACACCAAGGGCAAGGUGCGGCUGCCUGCCCUGCACAUCGCUGCCCGGAAGGAUGACACCAAGGCAGCUGCCCUGCUGCUACAGAAUGACCACAAUGCUGAUGUUCAGAGCAAGAGUGGGUUUACCCCCCUGCACAUCGCCGCUCACUAUGGCAACGUGAAUGUCUCCACCCUCCUGCUCAACCGAGGGGCUGCCAUCGACUUCACCGCCAGGAAUGGGAUAACUCCUCUCCAUGUGGCCUCUAAGAGAGGAACACACAUGGUAGCUCUACUGCUGGAUAGAGGAGCUCAGAUAGAUGCCAAGACCAGGGACGGCCUCACUCCUCUACAUUGUGCAGCGCGGAGUGGACAUGAUCCCGCCAUAGAACUGCUGCUGGAGAGAGGAGCACCCAUACUGGCUAGGACCAAGAACGGUCUCUCCCCCCUCCACAUGUCGGCCCAGGGAGACCAUGUGGAGUGCGUCAAACACCUGCUGCAGCACAAGGCGCCUGUUGAUGAUGUCACCCUGGACUACCUGACGGCGCUUCAUGUCGCCGCCCACUGUGGUCACUACCGAGUCACCAAGCUGUUGCUGGACAAGAGGGCCAACCCCAACGUUAGGGCUCUGAAUGGGUUCACUCCGCUGCACAUCGCCUGCAAGAAGAAUCGGGUGAAGGUGAUGGAGCUGCUGGUGAAAUACGGAGCCUCCGUCCAGGCCGUCACGGAGUCUGGUCUGACCCCCAUCCAUGUCUCAGCCUUUAUGGGUCACCUCAACAUGGUGCUGCUGCUGCUACAGAACGGAGCCUCGCCAGACAUCUGUAACAUCCGUGGUGAGACAGCGUUACACAUGGCGGCCCGUGCUGGUCAGAUAGAGGUGGUUCGAUGUCUCCUGAGGAACGGAGCUCUGGUCGACGCCAUGGCAAGAGAGGACCAGACCCCCCUCCACAUCGCGUCCCGUCUGGGGAAGACAGAGAUCGUCCAGCUGUUACUGCAGCACAUGGCUCAUCCCGACGCCUCCACAACUAAUGGAUACAGUCCUCUGCACAUCGCUGCCAGGGAGGGACAGUUAGAGACCACCGCUGUGUUGUUGGAGGCUGGGGCUUCACACUCACUGGCUACCAAGAAAGGAUUCACUCCUCUACAUGUAUCAGCCAAGUAUGGAAGCCUGGAGGUGGCAAAACUCCUCCUGCAGCGGAAAGCUAUGCCUGACGACGCCGGCAAGAAUGGUCUGACUCCGCUGCACGUGGCAGCUCACUAUGACAACCAGCAGGUGGCGCUGCUGCUGCUUGACAAAGGGGCGUCGCCCCACGCCACCGCCAAGAACGGAUACACCCCACUCCACAUCGCUGCCAAGAAGAACCAGACGUCCGUCGCCUCGUCUCUGCUGCAGUACGGAGCGGAGACCAACGUCCUGACCAAACAGGGGGUCACCCCUCUACACCUGGCCUCACAGGAGGGGCACAGUGACAUGACCAGUCUGCUGCUGGGCAAGGGGGCACACGUCAACACUCCCACUAAGAGUGGUCUGACACCCCUCCACCUCACGGCCCAGGAGGACAGAGUGAAUGCAGCAGAAGUUCUGGCCAAACGUGAUGCUAACCUGGACCAGCAAACCAAGCUCGGCUACACUCCUCUCAUUGUUGCCUGUCACUAUGGAAACGUAAAGAUGGUCAACUUCCUCUUGCAGCAGGGUGCCAGUGUCAACGCCAAAACGAAGAACGGUUACACUCCACUUCACCAGGCAGCACAGCAGGGACACACACACAUCAUCAACGUCCUGUUACAGCAUGGAGCGACACCCAACACUACUACUGCUAAUGGGAACACUGCUCUGUCCAUUGCCAGACGUCUGGGUUACAUAUCUGUCGUUGACACUCUGAAGGUCGUCACAGAAGAGGUCAUCACCACGACAACGACUGUGACAUCAGAGAAACACAAGAUGAAUGUUCCGGAGACCAUGACGGAGAUACUGGACGUGUCGGAUGAGGAGGGUGAGGACACUAUGACAGGGGAUGGAGGGGAGUACCUGAGAGCUGAGGACCUGAGGGAGCUGGGAGACGACUCUCUACCUGGACAAUACCUGGACGGAUUCAACUACAUGAGCCACAACCUGGACAGGUCUCAUCAGACCCCUGUCCACCAGAGAGAUGGAGUCCUGAUUGAAGACAUGAUCACCAGCCACCAGGUGUCGUCUCUGUCCAGAGAGAAUGAGAAGGACUCCUUCAGACUGAGCUGGGGAGCAGAGCACCUGGACAACGUAGUGCUGUCAUCUAGCCUGCUGCACUCUGGCCAAUCCUCCCCGUGCCUAGACCAUGACAACAGCAGCUUCCUGGUCAGUUUCAUGGUGGACGCCAGGGGUGGGGCCAUGCGUGGUUGCCGUCACAACGGGCUGCGCAUCAUAGUGCCACCCAGGAAGUGUUCCGCUCCGACGCGGGUGACGUGCCGCCUGGUGAAGAGGCACCGCCUGGCGUCCAUGCCCCCCAUGGUGGAGGGAGAGGGGCUGGCAGGACGCAUCAUCGAGGUCGGCCCCACCGGGGCACAGUUCCUCGGUAAGCUCCACCUUCCCACGGCCCCGCCCCCUCUCAACGAGGGAGAGAGUCUUGUCAGCAGGAUACUACAGCUGGGGCCUCCUGGCACCAAGUUCCUGGGGCCUGUGAUUGUGGAGAUCCCUCACUUCGCGGCCCUGCGGGGCACAGAGCGGGAGCUGGUGAUUCUGAGGAGUGAGAUGGGGGAGAGCUGGAGGGAACAUCACUGUGAACACACUGAGGAGGAACUCAACCAAAUACUGAACGGCAUGGACGAGGAGCUGGACUCUCCUGAGGAGCUGGAGAAGAAGAGGAUCUGCCGUAUCGUCACCAGGGACUUCCCACAAUACUUUGCGGUGGUGUCGCGCAUCAAGCAGGACAGCCAACUGAUUGGUCCUGAGGGAGCGGUGUUGAGCAGUACUCUGGUACCUCAGGUCCAGGCUGUGUUCCCAGAGGGGGCUCUCACUAAGAAGAUCAGGGUUGGACUACAGGCCCAGCCAAUCAGCGUAGACCUGGUGAAGAGGAUUCUGGGUAACAAAGCUACUUUUAGCCCCAUCGUUACCUUGGAGCCCAGGAGGCGGAAGUUCCACAAGCCAAUCACCAUGACUAUCCCUGUCCCCAAAAGCUCAACCAAUGACGGGACAGGCAACGUGUUUGGAGGGGACACGCCCACUCUGCGUCUGCUCUGCAGUAUCACUGGUGGGACCACUCCUGCCCAAUGGGAGGACAUCACUGGCUCCACCCCCCUCACCUUCAUCAACCAAUGUGUGUCCUUCACCACCAACGUGUCAGCGAGGUUCUGGCUGAUAGACUGUCGUCAGACCCAGGAGGCUGUGAGUUUCUCUACCCAGCUGUACAGAGAGAUCAUCUGUGUCCCCUACAUGGCCAAGUUCGUCAUCUUCGCCAAGACGCUGGACCCCAUCGAGGCUCGCCUCCGUUGCUUCUGCAUGACGGACGACAAGAUGGACAAGACGCUGGAACAGCAAGAGAACUUCACAGAGGUGGCCCGGAGUAGAGACGUAGAGGUAUUGGAAGGGAAGCCUAUCUUUGCAGACUGUUUUGGGAACCUGGUUCCUCUGACCAAGAGUGGACAGCAUCACGUCUUCAGCUUCUACGCAUUCAAAGAAAACCGUCUCGCACUCUUCAUCAAGAUUCGUGACUGCGCCCAGGAGCCGUGUGGCAGACUGUCCUUCACCAAGGAGCCCCGCACCUACCGUAGUCUUACCCACAAGGCAAUCUGCAACCUGAACAUCACGCUGCCCACCUACUGCAAGGAGUCUGAUUCAGACCUAGACGCAGAUGACGAGAGUGACAAGAGUGACAAAAAAUACGACGAGACGGAGUCGACAGAUACUUACACGCUGCCGACCAAUCAGGUGCUAGACCCAGCCAUGCUGGCCAGCCCUGACCUCCUUUCAGAGGUCUCCGAUAUGAAACACGACCUCAUCAAGAUGUCUGCCAUCUUGACGACAGAGCAAACUGAACACCCAAGCCCUUCGGUUAGAGGAAGAAGAGGAGGAGGAGGAGGAAGAGGAGGAGGAAGGACAGGGAUGGAGGAGGAACCCGGGGAGCCGUUUGAGAUCAUGGAACAGGUGAAAGAGGAUCUGGAGAAGGUUGGAGAUAUUUUACGAGGGGGAGAUACUAGAUUCACAAACAACAAAGAGAAAGUACUGCAGAUGUCCAAAAUGGAGGACAAGGAGUUGGUUAUUCUCUCUCAGACUAAAGCCAAAGCCAUGACUCCCUCUGAUGUUCAGGAGCCGGUACUACAAGAAGUCAACAUUCAGAGGAAGACCUCUCCCACAAUUACCAAAGAGGUUAGAGAUAUGUCAGGUAUGGUGUCUCACCUCAGUGGAGGCGUGAACCAGCACCUAGAAGAGAGAUCUGGCGUAACCAGUUACCCACUACAGGACAUCAUAGUCCAGGAGAGAUUAGAUCAGGUCGUUCUGAAGCGGGAAGGCAAACGCCAUCCUCCUGAGAUCAAAAAGCCGAUCAGGAAGAAGUUGAGGGACAGGGAACGUUCUGGAUGCAGCAGUUCCGAGGGGGAGCUGGAGAGGAUGAGCUCUGAGGAGUCCCUUGAUGGGGAUGUUGUUCUGGGAGAGGCGAGGCAGGAAGUGGUUCCCGGGUCUGAGCCUGGAGUGAUUCCCGGGUCUGAGCCUGUAGUGGUUCCCGGGUCUGAGCCUGUAGUGGUUCCCGGGUCUGAGCCUGGAGUGGUUCCCGGGUCUAUGCCUGGAGUGGUUCCUGGGUCUGAACCUGUAGUCGUUCCCAGGUCUAUGCCUGGAGUGGUUCCCGGGUCUGAGCCUGUAGUGGUUCCCAGGUCUAUGCCUGGAGUGGUUCCUGGGUCUGAGCCUGUAGUCAUUCCCAGGUCUAUGCCUGGAGUGGUUCCCGUGUCUGAGCCUGUAGUCGUUCCCAGGUCUAUGCCUGGAGUGGUUCCUGGGUCUGAGCCUGUAGUGAUUCCCAGGUCCAUGCCUGGAGUGGUUCCCGGGUCUGAGCCUGUAGUCGUUCCCAGGUCUAUGCCUGGAGUGGUUCCUGGGUCUGAGCCUGUAGUGGUUCCCAGGUCUAUGCCUGGAGUGGUGUCUGGGUCUGGACCUGGAGUGGGGCCCAGGACUGAGUUUAAACCGACUGCAACCCUGGAUUGGGAUGUCGUACUGGGGGAGUCUGGGCUCGGGUCUGGGUCUGAAACUUGGUCUGGGCCUUCUGGACCAACCCCAGCCAUGGAGCCCCCAGUGUCGCCCCUGGUCGUGGAAACCCCUAUCGGAUCCAUAAAGGACAGAGUGAGAGCUCUGCAAAAGAAGGUUGAGGAAGAGGAAGAGGGGGAGGAUGGCCGUAAGCGAAAGCCUACACAGGCGCCAGUCCCUCAGAACACAACUUUCUUCACCAUCACUAAGGAGACAGGUGAGCCCCAGAUGCCAGAUCUUCCUAAGCUUCCCAGAUCUCUGAAAUCCCCCCGGUCUCAGACGGAGAGGCUGGAGGAGACGAUGUCUGUCCGGGAGCUGAUGAAGGCAUUCCAGACUGGCCAGGAUCCUUCCAAGAACAAAACGGGGCUCUUCGAGCACAAAGCCAUGACGUCAUCCACAACCUCCACAUCGAGCUCCGAGGCAGUGAUCUACAGUGAGACCUACAGAGCUGAAAACAGUCCCACAGAGCAUACGCCAGCAGAAACUCCAACUUCCACAAUCCUCUGCUCGCAUAGUGAUGUCCUGGCUCUCCAUUACAAAGGGGUGGAUGAUGAACCAAAUCUGAUCUUAGUAAGAGACCACUCUGAAGACUCUGAGAUAACUCAUGUCUUAGAAAGGGACCACUCUGAAGACUCGGAGAUAAUUCAUGUUACGGUUCAGUUGCAGGAGUCAGCGACAAACAUCAACAGAAUACAACCAGAGGACAGAGGGAUCCCUCUAGACAGGGCUCUACCAGAGGACGGAUGUAUCCUCCUAGACAGGGUUCUGCCAGAAGGUGGAGGGAUCCUCCUAGACAGGGCUUUACUGGAGGAUGGAGAGAUUCUCCUAGACAGGGCUCUGCCGGAGGGUGGAGAGAUCCUCCUAGACAGGGCUCAACUGGAGGAGGGAGGGAUCCUCCUAGACAGGGCUCUACCAGAGGACAGAGGGAUCUUCCUAGACAGGGCUUUACCAGAGGACAGACAAAUCCUCCAAGACAGAGCUCUACCAGAGGACGAUGGGAUCUUCCUAGACAGGGCUCUACCAGAGGACGGAGGGAUUCACCUAGACAGGGCUCUACCAGAGGACGGAGGUAUCAACCUAGACAGGGCUCAACCAGAGGACGGAGGUAUCAACCUAGACAGGGCUCUACCAGAGGACGGAGGUAUCAACCUAGACAGGGCUCAACCAGACGACGGAGGGAUCCUCCUAGACAGGGCUCUACCAAAGGACAGACAAAUCCUCCUAGACAGGCCUCAACCAGAGGACGGAGGGAUCCUCCUAGACAGGGCUCUACCAGAGGAUGGAGGGAUCCUCCUAGACAGGGCUCUACCAGAGGAUGGAGGGAUCCCUCUAGACAGGGCUCUACCAGAGGACGGAGGGAUCCCUCUAGACAGGGCUCUACCAGAGGACGGAGGGAUCCCUCUAGACAGGGCUCUACCAGAGGACGGAGGGAUCUCUCUAGACAGGGAUCUACCAGAGGACGGAGGGAUCCCUCUAGACAGGGAUCUAACAAAAUACAGAGGGAUCCCUCUAGACAGGGCUCUACCAGAGGACGGAGAGAUCCUCCUAGACAGGGCUCUACCAGAAGAUGGAGGGAUUCUCUUAGACAGGGCUCUACCUGAGGACGGAGGAAUCUCUAUAGACAGGGCUCUACCAGAGGAUGGAGGGAUUCUCCUAGACAGGGCUCUACCAGAGGACAGAGGGAUCCUCCUAGACAGGGCUCUACCAGAGAAUGGAGGGAUCAUCCUAGACAGGGCUCUACCAGAGGACGGAGGGAUCUUCCUAGACCGGGAUCUACCAAAGGACAGUUGUAUCCUCCUAGACAGGGCUCUACCAGAGAAUGGAGGGAUCAUCCUAGACAGGGCUCUACCAAAGGACAGACAAAUCCUCCUAGACAGGCCUCAACCAGAGGACGGAGGGAUCCUCCUAAACAGGGUUCUACCAGAGGACGGAGGGAUCCUCCUAGACACUGCUCUACCAGAGGACGGAGGGAUCCCUAUAGACAGGGCUCUACAAGAGGAUGGAGGGAUUCUCCUAGACAGGGCUCUACCAGAGGAUGGAGGAAUCCCAAUAGACAGGGCACUACCAGAGGAUGGAGGGAUUCUCCUAGACAGGGCUCUACCAGAGGACGGAGUGAUCCAACGUGACCGGGAUCUGUCAGAUACUGGAGGAAUCGUCCUAGACACGACUCUACCAGAGGACAGAGGGAUCCUCCUAGAUAGGGGUCUACCAAAAGAUGGAGGGAUCCCUCUAGACAUGGAUCUACCGGAGGACGGAGGGAUCCCUCUAGACAGGAAUCUACCAAAGGACAGUUGUAUCCUCCUAGACAGGGCUCUACCAGAGGAUGGAGGGAUCUUCCUAGACAGGGCUCAACCAGAGGACGGAGGGAUCCUCCUAGACAGGGCUCUACCAGAGAAUGGAGGGAUCAUCCUAGACAGGGCUCUACCAGAGGACGGAGGGAUCCUCCUAGACCGGGAUCUAUCAGAAAAUGGAGGAAUCUUCCUAGUCAGGGCUCUUCCAGAGGACAGAGGGAUCCUCCUAGACAGGGCUCUAACAGAGGAUGGAGGGAUCCUCCUAGACAAGGCUCUACCAAAGGAUGGAGGGAUCCUCCUAGACAGGGCUCUACCAGAGGAUGGAGGGAUCUUCCUAGGCAGGGCUCUACCAGAGGAUGGAUGGAGCAGCCCAGAGAAGAUGCAGCUGGAGGAGCCAGAGAUGGGACCAGACAGGAAGUCUUCUACGGAGAUGAUGCAGCUGGAGGAGCCAGAGAUGGGACCAGACAGGAAGUCUUCUAUGGAGGUGAUGCAGCUGGAGGAACCAGAGAUGGGACCAGACAGGAAGUCUUCUAUGGAGGUGAUGCAGCUGGAGGAACCAGAGAUGGGACCAGACAGGAAGUCUUCUAUAGAGAUGAUGCAGCUGGAGGAACCAGAGAUUGGACCAGACAGGAAGUCUUCUACAAAGAUGAUGCAGCUGGUGGAACCAGAGAUGGGACCAGACAGGAAGUCUUCUACAAAGAUGAUGCAGCUGGAGGAACCAGAGAUGGGACCAGACAGGAAGUCUUCUACGGAGAUGAUGCAGCUGGAGGAGCCAGAGAUGGGACCAGACAGGAAGUCUUCUAUGGAGGUGAUGCAGCUGGAGGAACCAGAGAUGGGACCAGACAGGAAGUCUUCUAUGGAGGUGAUGCAGCUGGAGGAACCAGAGAUGGGACCAGACAGGAAGUCUUCUAUAGAGAUGAUGCAGCUGGAGGAACCAGAGAUUGGACCAGACAGGAAGUCUUCUACAAAGAUGAUGCAGCUGGUGGAACCAGAGAUGGGACCAGACAGGAAGUCUUCUAUAGAGAUGAUGCAGCUGGAGGAACCAGAGAUGGGACCAGACAGGAAGUCUUCUACAGAGAUGAUGCAGCUGGAGGAACCAGAGAUUGGACCAGACAGGAAGUCUUCUACAAAGAUGAUGCAGCUGGUGGAACCAGAGAUGGGACCAGACAGGAAGUCUUCUAUAGAGAUGAUGCAGCUGGAGGAACCAGAGAUGGGACCAGACAGGAAGUCUUCUACAGAGAUGAUGCAGCUGGAGGAACCAGAGAUGGGACCAGACAGGAGGUCUUCUACAAAGAUGAUGCAGCUGGAGGAACCAGAGAUGGGACCAGACAGGAAGUCUUCUACAGAGAUGAUGCAGCUGGAGGAACCAGAGAUGGGACCAGACAGGAGGUCUUCUACAAAGAUGAUGCAGCUGGAGGAACCAGAGAUGGGACCAGACAGGAAGUCUUCUAUAGAGAUGAUGCAGCUGGAGGAACCAGAGAUGGGACCAGACAGGAAGUCUUCUGUAGAGAUGAUGCAGCUGGAAGAACCAGAGAUGGGACCAGACAGGAAGUCUUCUACGGAGAUGAUGCAGCUGGAGGAACCAGAGAUGGGACCAGACAGGAAGUCUUCUGUAGAGAUGAUGCAGCUGGAGGAACCAGAGAUGGGACCAGACAGGAAGUCUUCUAUAGAGAUGAUGCAGCUGGAGGAACCAGAGAUGGGACCAGACAGGAAGUCUUCUAUAGAGAUGAUGCAGCUGGAGGAACCAGAGAUGGGACCAGACAGGAAGUCUUCUAUAGAGAUGAUGCAGCUGGAGGAACCAGAGAUGGGACCAGACAGGAAGUCUUCUACGGAGAUGAUGCAGCUGGAGGAACCAGAGAUGGGACCAGACAGGAAGUCUUCUACAAAGAUGAUGCAGCUGGAGGAACCAGAGAUGGGACCAGACAGGAAGUCUUCUAUGGAGAUGCAGAUCAGCCCAGACAGGAAACCCUCUGAGGACUUUAGCGCUGACAUCAAGGCCGAGCUGGAGGACAGUCCAGAGUACCAGCUGUUCAGACAGACCUCAUUUAUAGGGGAUGACAACCACCCACAGGCUGAAGCAGCCGAGGAGGAGCUCCCAGCAGACCACACAAACGACACCCCAAACUUCAUGUUCAGUCUCUGUAUGCGCGAAGACAUGAGGGAUGAGUUAUUCACUAAGGCUGAGAACCUGGUGGGGAAUGAAAGCCCUGUGAGUCUAAAGCAUGAAGGCGCAGCGGUCUCUCCCGGGACUAGCCUAGGAACCAGGACUCCCCAUUCAAGCACGGGGGAGAGUGAGAAACAUGAAGGAUUAGCAGACACCCCACAGAUGAGCCCACUCACAUUCCCCACUCAGGAGAUUGACCUGCCCACAGUUUAUAAAGAGACAGAGAGAAUGGAUGGGAUGAAAGUACGAGGAGAUGUGAUUCAUGGUGAUGAAGAAAUUUUGCCAGAAACUGAAGAUUUAGUCGUAGAAACCAAAUCAGCGACUCCGUCCCCUGUUCGGGAACCGCUGUUACAAGAAGUCACGGUCCAACGGAAGACCUCCCCCAGACCGGUUAAAGUGGUGAGAGAUAUGUCAGGGAUGGAGUCCCUCCUCAAGGGAGAUAUGGAUCACUACCUAGAACAGAGACCAUCACCUGUCUGUGGCGCUGAAGUGAUGACAGUUCAGGAACCGCUGUUACAAGAAGUCAGGAUGGAAAGGAAAACCUCCCCCAGACUGGUUACAGUGGUGAGCGAUAUGUCAGGGAUGGAGUCCCUCCUCAGGGGAGAUAUGGAUCACUACCUAGAAAAGAGAUGUAUGGUAAAUAGUGGUUCACCAAAGGAUGACAUCGACCAACAACAGAGUUUCAAGCAGACCAUCCUUGCCAGGGAUGACAAGCAACAAUCACUUAUUUUCUCCACAAAGGAGGUAGACAUGUCUACAGAAGAUACAGAGACAGAAAAAGAAGACUGGUGGAAAGUGCAAGACAUGGAUGAUGGUGGCUCUCGGGGUGCCGAAUCGAUAAUCUUGAACCCAGUUCAGGAGCCGAUGUUACAAGAAGUCAUGAUCGAAAGGAAGACAUCGCCCAGACCAGCUGUAGGAGUUAAAGAUACGUUGGGCAUGGAGGCACUCCUCAGUGGAGAUUUAGAACAGUACCUAGAAGACAGACCUGUAGAUCUCAGUGGUGUACCGGAGGACGACAUCGUACAAGAGAGAUUUGAACAGGUUGUGAUCACACGAGAGAGAAAACAGGAAACCCACACGUUCUCCACUGAGCAGGUAGACCGGUCCGCAGCAGAUAAAGUGACAGAGCGAGAUGUUGUUAAUGUAGUGCAAGUAGGAGCCGCGGAGGACGGUGUCAUCUACGGUGAGAAAGACUUCGUGCAGAGUUGUUCAGCUGGGGGGGAAGCAUCAGAAAGUUCAGCUACUACAGUGAUACGUUCAAGAGACUCAAAGAAGGUGACCUUUGACCUUCAAAGGACGUUUGAUUCAGCGCUCCCUGCUCAAGCCUCUGAAGAGGACGACCAGGUCCCUGUUGAGACAAGACCCAUUUUAGAGGACUGGGAUGAUUUAGAGAUAAAACCAUCGUACCACAAAUCUACAGAACUUUCAUACUCAAACCCAUACAUGCAAGACUCAAUUUCAGCAGACAGAAUUGCUCCUGAAUCUAGUUGGGUUGUACCAGAGUGCCAUGAAAGGGAUUCAGCUGAUCAUGGAGCUGGGCACAGUCCAGACGGUGUGGGUCAGGCCCUCAGACCUGCAGACUUAGAGGUCCUCUUUCCUUUGGCCCUGGGCCACCCUGAGAGACGACUCUCCCAUGGGGAUUCUCUGGAGACCAGUCCUGUCAUGGAUGAAGGUUCCUCGAGGAAGUCCCCUGACUCUAUAGAGCCAAGCUCAACUGGUGACUCCCCCUGCCUUGACUCACUGGAGAGCAGCCCCACUGAACUGAAACUAGACACAGGCUUUCAGGCGACAAAGAAGACAGCUGUGUAUGAAGACUACUACUCUCAGCUUAGAGCCUGUCUCGGUGAGGAGCACGUCAGCAACAUUGAGAAUGAGGAUUACUCCAAACGGACUUAUCAAAUGGAUGGUGAGCGCGAGGGUCCCGUCCCAUUGAAGGGGGAAGACCCUGAGUGGCUCUCCAUGCCCAUAAAUCUGAGCUCAAACCCUGAGGAUGAUAUGGACGACGUGGAUGCAGAGGGCAGCGAGACUGGCCAGAGACAGUUCACCCCAGAGGAGGAGAUGUUCAAAAUGGCCGCCAAGAUCAAAACCUUUGAGGAGAUGGAGCAGGACGUUAAAACGAAGACAGACGGGAAACCCUCAGACGGCUCUGUGUUAUCAGACUCUGAGGAUUAUGAAGAAUGUCAGUCGAUCGUUGACCUGAUGGACAGGGAGGCAAAAUCAUCUAAGCCCAAAACCGACGCCGGUACUCUUCAGUCUGAAAUUGAAACUGUGGCUGAAAUCCAACCCUCAGUCCCUGGUGCAGUAACUGCGUUGGAUAGUUCAGUUCACUGUGAAGCUCACCUACCAUACAGUGCCUCAGGACAUUCACCAUCAGGAAAACAGGUCUCUGAGCACCUCGAAUAUCGUUCACUAAGCACUGAAAAAGAACAAUAUACCACAGAGAACAUCAGUGAAAAUAUCAGUGAACGUACUGAGCAGAAAGAGAAGAUAGAUGUAAUAUCAGCUAUGCAAGCACACAAGGAGGAGAUGGAUCAGUCACAGUUGAGUGUCAGUCAGUCUGGUGAAAGUCAGUCAGUCAAACCAGAGGUGUUGUGCACCGACGAUGAAAGCUUCAAGGAGGUGAAGGAUGCGGAUGGUAAGGCAGCCGUGUUGGAAAUGCAUCCCGAAGACAUGCCUGUUCAAGGAGAGCUGGUCCCAUGGAGUGCCAUGUCAGACGACAACGAGGAUGACAAUGACGACGAAGCCUUCGCAGCACGUGUGGAGGCGGAGGAACAAAGGAUUAUGGGUCUCAUGGAAGACCGCCGUACCCCUGACACCACACCGGGUCGCACACCAACCGAGGGGGGCACCCCCAAUCCCUUCCAGUUCCAGGAAGGGAAGUUCUUUGAGAUGACCAGAGGGGGCGCUAUCGACAUGACAAGGAGGAGCGUUGAAGAGGAGGGUGAGGGCUAUGCCUUCUUUCACAUAGGAGAACACCCAGUUGACCAGGUUCUGUUCGAGGACACUGGAGAUUGCGCUAGCCCCGAUGUUCUCAGAACAGAACAGAAUAUUGCCAUUGGUGAUCUACAACUCCAGAAGGUGGACCAAACCAAAGAUGAUUCUGACUCCUCCUUCCAGACUAUACCAUUACCCGAGGCUGAUCAGAGGGGGAAACCAGUGGCCAAACUCAGUACCUCCAUCAAAAUGGAGCCAAAAGCUGAAACAUUCCCCCUGCUAGAAGCUAAGAUGGGAAGCUUCUUAGAGGUAGAUUCUCCAGACCCGACUAUAGCUGAACUCCAGAUGUUUACCACCACUACUCUUGUCACCCACUCUGUGUACUCUGAACAGGUCCGCCAGUCAUCCGACUCAUCCCUUGAGGAUGAAGAAGAAGAGGAAGAGGAGCAAGGUUCUGUCAUUGAGAUGCCCGCUGGCUAUUAUGACUCAGUGGCACCCCCUAGUGUCCUGCAAGGGUAUGACACCUCGGCAGGGUCUGACACCUCAAUGGCACCCCCUAGUGUCCUGCAAGGGUAUGACACCUCGGCAGGGUCUGACACCUCAGUGGCACCCCCUAGUGUCCUGCAAGGGUAUGACACCUCGUCAGGAUCUAACACCUCAGUGGCACCCACUAGUGUCCUGGCAGGGUCUGGCACCUCUAGUGUCCUGGAAGGGUCUGACAUCUCAGUGGCACCCCCUAGUGUCCUGGCAGGGUCUGACACCUCUAGUGUCCUGGAAGGGUUUGACAUCUCAGUUGCACCCUCUAGUGUCCUGGCAAUGUCCUACACUUCAGCAGACACUGCGGCUAAGGAUGAAAGCAGUUUCAAAUCAAAGAUACCCAUCAAAGCUGGUUCAAUGAAAUCAGACCUCGGCCUUGAGCAGAAAUCAACAGUGGAGGAAUCUCUUGUUCAGGACCGGAGGACGAGGUCCGAGGAGGAUUUUGGAGCCGGGAAGAAAAUCUUAACUGACAAAGACAGCAGGAGUCACUCCGACAGCGACCAUCCUGCAACUAAAUCCAAACCUCUCACCUCCAGACUCCCUGUCAUGAGCAAACACAAACCCACAGCCCACUCCUCCUCCUCUUCCCAGCCUGACAGAGACCAGGGCUCUGACGUACGAGAGCCUUCCCUCCGAUCCUCUCUGGAUGUCGACGACAUCAGCAGCAGCGGUGAUCACAACAGUCCAGAUUCUGUGAUCUUCAAGUAUGACAGACCAACGCCUCGCAGAUCUGCCCCGGACACGAGGGCUUUGUCGACCCAGACACGGGUUCGAGCUUCCUCGGUGACGGGGGAGGUGUUUGAGUCGAGACCCAUCUGGGAAGACUCAGUAGAAACUCAGAUGCAGCGAAUCUGGGAUGAUCGGACAAUGGAGCGGCAGCAAGUGGAUUGGCACGACGAUGCAGACAGGAAAGAGGAGACGUUGGCUAUCAUUGCAGACCUGCUGGGGUUCAGCUGGACAGAGCUGGCGAGGGAGCUGGAGUUCAACGAGGAUGAGAUCCAGGAAGUGAGGACGGAGAACCCUAACUCUCUACAGGAGCAGAGCCACGCCCUGCUGCAGCGCUGGGCUGAGAGAGAGGGAAAACACGCCACCGAGGACAGCCUGAUAAAGAGGCUGACCAAGAUCAACCGGAUGGACAUCGUCCACCUGAUAGAGACCCAGAUGAACAAGUCAACACAGGAGCAGACGUCCAGGACCUACGCAGAGAUAGAGAAGACUCUGGACCAGAGUGAAGUGUCUGUAGCCCUGUCCUCAGUGCAGGAGGACGUAGACAGCCUCAGACUGGUGAGGAGGGUGGACUCUUCUCCCAGACCGCCCCCAGCCGUCUCAGAGGAAGACUUAUCAGUAGCCUCCCUCCUGGACAUUCCUUCCUGGGCGGAGCCUAUGGGCCACACCCACUCCGAGAGCAUGCAUGGGCUAUUGGAGGAUCUGGAGAUCACAACGGAGCUGAGCCCCAACCCGUGGACUUUGGAGGACACGGUAACAAGGGAGUCCACCACCAACAGCGAGCAAGUUUCAGCAGGAUCCUCAAACAAAACACUCAAGUCUGAAACCCAAUCUGGGACUCCAGAUCUCCAGAUUCCAAAUGCCUUUGUAUUCAGUCCGUUAUCCCCUGAAAUGACAAUGCCCACUGAGAAGAUGAGGGUAUCGCCAGAAAGUCCAGAAAAACCAUUGAAUCUGAACAAGGAGUCCUCUUCUUCUGAAACCAGUCCAGUGUUACCAGACCUUUUCAGCCACAACGCCGAAGACAGCCAAGGUGAUGAAGCACAAUCGUCAGCGAGCAAUCUAGAAGCACCCCCAGAGUCAGGGGCACCCACCCAGCUUGAUCAGCUGCUGUCGGAAUUUGAAGAAAUCAAACGGGAAUUCCGACCAGAAACUCUAGAACCACUGGACUCACCUCUUUCGGAAACCAGCGAAGGGGGUCUUGAAGAUCUACAACCUUAUGUUGAGAUUGAGGAACUCUUGCCAGAAUCCGACGGAUAUCCCACUGAGGGUGAGGAAGAGAUCUCUAGUCCAAGUCCCUCAUGCCCUAUUCAGAUCACAUGGGAGCCGGCUGAAAUAAGCGUAGUGGCCUCAGUGCCGACCGAUCUCUCCCUGUCCUAUGAAACCGACCCGGAGGUAUUUGGGGUGACCGCAGAUCUAAUCAAGACCUUCCCAGAGCCUAGCCAAGUUACAGCUGAUCCGGUUCAGUUGAGCCACUUGGAGUACCAGCAAACACACAGAGCAGAAAAAUCUGAUCUCACCGGUUCCAUACCAUUGGAUAGCCCCACAGCUGCUACCAAAUCCGUCGGAACACCGGAAUCUCCAGAACCAUGCCAUAAAGUUCUAGACCUGUCAUCAGAAUCAAUUGUUCCGUCUCAAAAGUUCCAGUCACUCGAACAUGAGGAUGCUGCUGUAUUUACCGAACCUUCAACUGUAGAAGAACAUCGAAUCAGUCUCCCACAGCAGGACCAGGAGACAGUUGGUGAAGAAUAUGACAACUCCAAAGAAACAUCAAGCAUUCAAGCUGCAGUCAAAAAGGCAUCUUUUGAACAAAGCAAAGUAUUGUGCGAAUCUGAAGGAUUAAUCACUGAGCCCAGCCAAUUGGUAGAUGAAACAUGCACGAGCACUACCCCAGAAGUUGUGUCACAUUUAAGGGAUAGCACUCCCCCUGAAACCCUUGAAUACGAUGAGCAGUCGCCCCAGUCGCUCUCUGACGUGACCCCACUGACUCCAGAGACUGUCACCGCCUACAGGUCACAUUUAAGGGAUAGCACUCCCCCUGAAACCCUUGAAUACGAUGAGCAGUCGCCCCAGUCGCUCUCUGACGUGACCCCACUGACUCCAGAGACUGUCACCGCCUACAGGUCACAUUUAAGGGAUAGCACUCCCCCUGAAACCCUUGAAUACGAUGAGCAGUCGCCCCAGUCGCUCUCUGACGUGACCCCACAGACUACAGAGACCGUCACCGCCUACAGGUCACAUUUAAGGGAUAGCACUCCCCCUGAAACCCUUGAAUACGAUGAGCAGUCGCACCACUCGCUCUCUGACGUGACUCCACAGACUCCAGAGACCGUCACCGUCUCCAGGCACUUCAGCUUCGAGGAGUUGAUCCCUUACCAGAGUCCUAGGUACCUCAACAUGCUCUCUGAAGAGCUCAGGCCAAAUACCAGUGAGCAACCAUCAGAUAAUCCAGUCACCCCCAUAGAGGAAGAGUUCAGUUCUCCAGUCACCCCUGUUGAAGUAAAGUCCCAUGUCUCCCAGCCCGGUCCAGUAGAUCCCAUGGCAGAGAUGGUGUCAGCCCAGCCCGGUCCAGUAGAUCCCAUGGCAGAGAUGGUGUCAGCCCAGCCUGAUCCAGUAGAACCCAGGGCAGAGAUGGUAUCAGCCCAACCUGUUCCAGAGGUUACAGCAUCAGCCCAUGAUGAAGAGUUCUUCAUGGAGUUCAGCCUCCCUCCUGAGUAUGCUGAGGCAUCCUCCUCUAUCCACAAACCCAAUCCUCCGGCCUACGCAGAAAUCAUACGAGGCAGCACAACAAUGCACUUAUACGAAGACACUGACCCGGAGACUUACUUUGACUGCAAACAGGGAGUCUCAGACUUCUCCGAGAUGGAACCUGACGAACUGAAGAAGAGGGAAAGUUCAGGGGUUGGCCAAACCCAAGGACAAGCGUCCCAUUCAGGAGCCCUGGGGAGAAAGUACCAGAAGCCGACGGCACUUCUGGUUUGCUCCGCAGUGCGCAAACACGAGCGCGGAGUCCUGCUGUCCUCAGGGAGUGAGGAUUAUGACGACGCACCUUAUGAUGACAUCAAGGAAGAGAACGAAGAGCUGGCCCAAUCUCCCGGCACACACAGAGACGACUCAGCCUUUUACCAGGCUCCUCAGGAGCUUCCUCCUCUCAGAUCAGCAGAUGAUGAUGACUCCCUUGACAUGCAGGGUGAGAUGACAGACAUCCCUCCCCAGACUGUGACAGAGGAGCAGUACACAGAUCAACAUGGACACACGGUGGUUAGAAAGACUACCCGUGAGGUGAACCGCCAGGUGAUGUCGAGUGAGGGGUCGCAGAGGGAGGAGAGGGGUGCCUCCCCAGGGGAGGAGGGAGACGGAUACUCCAGAGUGGUCGAGAGGAGGAGCCACAGAGAUCUCUCAGAGGUGAAGUUUUCUGAGCGUGACUCUGACUCAGCGUGGGGUGAGGAGGAAUCAGCUGAAGGUCACGAGGUCAGCCUUGUGGAGCGGAACGCAGUGGUGGGGGAUGAGACGCAGCACGGUGACCCCACCCUGACCUCUGACCUCCCAACGGCACGGGACGACUUCACACAGGCCCAGGGCCAAGAUGUGUAAGGGACGUACCCAGAGACGGACAGUAGUGAGAGGGGAGGAGCCUGUGGUAACAGGAAACAGGUUCUCCUGGAGCACCUUCAUCACCUUAUCCACCUCUACUGUUAGAAGGAGGAGGAAGAGGAGGAGGAGGUGGGGAUGAGGAGGAAGAAAAAGGAAUAACAGGCCUCCUUUAUCACCUCGCUAGUUUCCUGUUCGGCCUCUGACCCCGCCCCUUUCCCUGAAGAUCCACCAAUCCUAUGCAUCAGGCACAUGCAAUCCCAGAGUGCACCUCAGUCCUACCACCGUCUUCCUGUUUCAACAAUCACUUCUUUUCUUUUUGUUUUGGUUUCUUCUUUGUGUGUUUUUCUUUUUGUUUUGGUUUCUUCUUUGUGUGUUUUUCUUUUUGUUUUGGUUUCUUCUUUGUGUGUUUUUCUUUUUGUUUUGGUUUCUUCUUUGUGUGUUUUUCCAUGUUUGUUUUCUGUAUGGGACAUUAGUCAUAUAUGUGUUGUACUGCUAGAGGAGGUUGGUUGGACUAACAGAUGCUACGAUGUACACCUCACAGCACUACCUGUCUCUACUACUACAGUUCUUCGUUAUUCUUUACUACGACGUGAAAACUACAGCACUUCCUCUUCCUCAUAUUGACCUUUCUUUAAAAAUAGGUCAGAUAUCACGAUGUCACCUGUAGCAACCCUUAACCGUAGUCCUCGCUUCCUGCUUCCUGCUUCCUGCUUCCUGUUGCUGGAGUGUUUAGUGUUCUUGUUCUACCUGUCUUCAGAAAGUAGCUAUAUCUAAAUAUGUGGUUUGAAAAAAAAACGUUUGUCAUCUGUAACCUAGGCAACCUUAUUAGUCCCCUCCAUUACCAGGUAGAGUAGGCAUGAUUGGUCGGUUAGCUGGUGACGAUCAUAGCUGAGAUAUGGUUAAUUAUAUAUAGCCUUGAUCCUUUUCUCUCUCCCUCCCUCCUCCCCCUCCCCCCUCUCUCUCUCUCUCUCUCUC